GCUGCACUUCUUUUCCUUGUGCCACACAGCAGAAGCCUCCUGCUCUCCCUCCUCACAUGUCCAUGCACCUCCGCGCCGGCAGCCUCAUGCCAGGCUCACCCUGUCGCCUUUCCCUUCCUCGAACAGGCGCUUUUCUUUGUGUUUCGUCCCCUGUGUGUUACUAGUCGGCGAGGAGACGAUUUGUUGCAGGAGUGGGGUUGGCAAGUGCUUUGCAGAGGGGUAAGAUCCUGGAGCAGACAGGAGCCAGUCGGUGUGUUAGUGCUGGAGACUGCGGCUGCACAAGAUGCUGAGCCCGGCAAACGGAGAGCACAUUCACAUGGUGAACUAUGUGGUGGAUUAUCUGGACUCCAUCGAGUCUCUGCCUUUCGACCUGCAAAGAAAUGUCUCUCUCAUGAGAGAAAUCGACGCCAAAUACCAAGACAUCCUAAAAGAAUUGGAUGAGUAUUAUGAAAAAUUGAAGCGUGAAUCUGAUGCAAUCCAAAAAAAGCGACUUUUGCAGUUUAUCCAGCGAGCUCUUAUUCGUAGUCAAGAACUUGGCGAUGACAAAAUCCAGAUAGUGAGCCAAAUGGUGGAGUUGGUUGAGAACAAGACCAGGCAAAUAGACAGCCAUGUGGAACUGUUUGAGACUUGCCAGGAUUUAAAUGACAGUACAAGCAACAGCAGCAAAAACAACCAGGAAAAAUCCAAAAAUGAGGCCAUUGCCCAGACUGAAAAGACCAGCAAUAAAAGAUCCAGGAGACAGCGGAACAAUGAAAAUAGGGAAAAUUCAACGAUCAACCAUGACCACGAUGACCUCACUUCAGGAACGCCCAAGGAAAAAAAGACAAAACCAUCUAAGAAGAAAAAGAGAUCCAAAGCCAAAGCUGAACGAGAGGCCUCCCCUGCUGAUCUUCCAAUCGAUCCCAAUGAACCCACAUACUGUCUGUGCAAUCAAGUUUCUUACGGAGAAAUGAUUGGCUGUGAUAAUGAAGAAUGCCCCAUCGAGUGGUUUCACUUUUCUUGUGUUGGACUCAAUCACAAACCAAAAGGAAAAUGGUACUGUCCUGAAUGUAGAGGAGAGAAUGAGAAAACCAUGGGGAAAGCACUUGAGAAAUCUAAAAAAGAAAGGACAUAUAACAGGUAGUUCACAAAAAAAGACUGUAUUUAGGAAAGGGAGUAAGGCAAAGAAUUAUAUUUAUUGUCCUUAGCACCUUGUGAAGGUUAAAGGAUUGCAAAUGGUAUAUUUUUAUUUUAAGGAAAGGGGCAACCCAUUUCUGUGGACAGCAAUAACAUUACCCUUCUGUUGAAGAGCUCCCAGAAGGAAAGAUUUCAUGAGCCAAAUUACCACAGUGGCCUGUAAGAGACAUGCUCUCGGCCUUUAUAUAUGGAAAUAGUUCAUACAACAACUGUGUGGCAUGAUGGGUUAUAUUAGAACUCUAAAAAACAAACAUGCAAAGUACUGUGUCGUCCAUUUAUUUUACAUAUGUAGUGAGUUGGUAUUAAUAUGCGUGUGUAUGCCAUAGCAAAAGGACUAACUGUUUGUUGGGUUUUAUUAUCACUUGUCCUUUGUCAUUUCAUUAUACUGUGGGUUUAUGGAACUGAUCUAGAACUGGAAAGAACAAUGUUCUUUGUAAAAUAUAAUGCUGGAUAGUCCAACAGUGGAAGUAGCUUAAAUAUAAGAGGGUUUAUAUUAAACAGCAAUGCCAUGGUUACAAUUUACAUGGUACACCUUUUAUACUGAACACUGGUCUGUUAUCCAGAAAAGGCCAUUUUAAAAUAAUUGAUUGAAUUUUUUUAUUGAACCACACAGUGGUUUCACACAGAUCAAGCUUUAUACUGACUGGUAAUGGGGAAGCAAUCCUUCUUUGUAUAAAUGUACAUUUUAAAUGGAAUUGCACUUGAUGUAUUAUAACUGGAAAUGCAGCCAAAUGCCAUGGUGUAACCAAUGUGCAUUUUCCUUCGGUAUGUGUGAAGAUUGUACAGCUGUGAUAAUGAAAAUAAAUGACAGAUAUAUG